GACCGGUGUAUAUUCUGAGGCUAACUGCUGACCUGUAUGCCUCUCUGUGUUGUAGAUGUCGCUCCUAUGAGGACUGCUGUGGGACUCGCUGCUGUGUGAGAGCCCUGUCCAUCCAGAGACUAUGGUACUUCUGGGUGCUGCUGAUGAUGGGAGUGCUGUUCUGCUGCGGUGUCGGCUUCUUCGUCCGCAGAAGGAUGUAUCCGUCCCCUCUGAGAGACGAGGCAGCCUUCAACGUCUCCUUCACCAGGCACCCUGCCACCUCCCCAGUUUCCCAGCAGCCGGGGAGUAUGCAGGGCUUCGGGGUCAACGGGAUGACUGGUGGCGACCCGGGGGUCACCCUCACACACCCGGCAUACCCACCACAGCCUGGCUCCGCCCAUAUGAUGAUGGGCUCCUACCCACCGCCUCCGUCCUACUGCAACCACCCGCCUCCGUCCUAUGAACAAAUAUUUCAAAACAGCGACAAGAAGUAACUUCCGCAAGGUACUAAAGAGAUGGAACUUGACAAGUGGAAAAAAGGGAAGGAAGGAGGCAGUGAGAGGAAGUUCAGUUGGAGAUGAGGGAGAGGAAGGCCUGCCAAAUGUCUUCAACUCAACUUUUUGUGGAUGUAAGACUUGGAAAACGCACACAAUGUCUUGUCCUGUGGAAAAAGACCAGAAGAGGCCCAGUAACCAGACACACACACACACACACACACACACUCGUUUACUCACGCACACUGCUUCAUCUGCUCCUGAUUUACGUGGAUCCAUCUGUACAGUGAUCGUGCCGGCCUCGAUGAACUUAAAGACGAGCGAGGAAGCACCCGUUCAGGUUCUGGAUUCACCCCACUGUCACCUGUUCUCCUCCACCCUCCCGAUGUAACUACAGCUAACCCUGUACAGCAGUGAACAGGAACUCAUCAUGUGUUAGAAUGCUUCACGGGAAGUCUUUUAAUAACUCUUCAGGAAUAUUUUCAACUGAACAGCUGAGAAGUGUGAUACACGUUAUUAUAAAAAAAGACAUCUCUGUACAAACCGUCCAUUUUCAAAGGAUGACACCGACUUAUUCUCCAUCCAGCAUUUUACUGCAAGAUGGGCCCUUUACUAAAUGAUGACUUCUUGAUCCAUUUUUUAUUACGGUAUGUGUAGUCCUGUUAUGUAACGACGUAAGGAGCUGCUCCGGCAGUCACCGAAGGAAUCGGACGAGGACAGACACUGCCAGUGGUUCACAUGUUACCGUACUGUUGGAGAGGAAGAUCGCGUCAGGAGCUACAGUGACUGACGCGGGCUAUUCCUGGCCAGCUAGUGCGUUGGUGGUUAGCUCACCAGCAGUUCACUAACUAGCCCUGCUGAUAAGGUUUCUACGUCACCAAACGUUUUCAAAUCAAACAUUGAAAGAGUCAAAAGACACCACCUCUGAUGUGAGCAGGCCUUUAGCCCUGAAUUAGCUACUUUCCUUGUGUUAUUUGGAUCAGUUCAUUAGCAAGUGAACGCUGAUUCAAACCAACUGUCUAUAACAGUAGCUCCUUCCUAGAUGAGCUGAAUUGAAUGUUCAGUACUGGUGUUCAUAUUGGAUUGUAUUUCGAUGUUGUUGCUUGUGAUGGAGGCUUUGCAGCAUGUGGACACUUCUGGAGUACCUCCAACUCAGAACUGCAAUCAGGACUAAAAUUACUUAAUUUGUCCAGCCAACAGUCUAAAACCCAAGACAGUCAAUGAACUGUCAUAUACCACAAAACCAGCAGCAGAUUCAUGCUGGUGCUGUAUGUGUGGAGGAAACAGCAAUGAUCUCCUCUGUGUGCAUGCUGUACUCGCAGAGUGACACGUUGUUUGUUGAACAGCAGCCGCUUUACACUAAUCAACAGCAUCUAACAGUAAGACGAGCAUAGCAUCAGCAUAUUUUCCAUCUUGGUCCUUCUGCAUGGACGGACAAACAGGAUGUGACAUCACACAGUAGGCCCACGUUAUGGAGAAGCAUUUAGAUCCCAUUCAAAUAAGUCAGUAAACAUGUAAAGGGACGUAUUCCCAUAAAUAAAUGUGUGUACAGAUGUUUGAAUCGUACGGAGUGAGACAAGUGGAUGCAUGUGGUCAUUCUUCUUCUGCUCUCUGACUGUGAGGUCGCUGUUGUAGCUGAGGCUGGUGGAUGUGCUGUGUAGGAGCUGCAGCGGUGAUCCGUGCUCGUCCGUCCACUCGGCUCAUUUCUCUGAAGCAUGGCUGUUGCAUCUCUCCGUGCACGUCCGAUGGAAACAAACUGAAGGGAAAUCAGUCGAGACAGCAUGCCUUUUGUUCGGCCGUUCACAUGACCUGGACCGGAUUUAACUUUAGAUUUUUCUCCUGCUGCAACAAACAUCUCAAGUACAUUUAAGAUACAAAUGCUGAAUUCUUUGUCACGGUGAAAGGAAGCUGCGACGGUAACACCGUUUCUGCCUGAGUCGAUCAAACCUUGAUUGCAAUCCAGUUUUUUCAAUGCGUUUCUUUUCUUAAAUAUCCGAUAAACAUCAUGGGAGAGCUGCUAUCCACACCAUGAAGCACAACUAGACUGAGGAGGGAGAAACCUGCGUUAUAAGCAACGUCUGCCAGAAAGAAAAUUAUUGACUUCGAAGCUGCGAAUGUGGUGAGAAAAGAGUUCACUUUUCCUCCAACAUUCUUUCUCACAUCUUUGUCCAACACCUGAGGUUUGUAAAGAAAAAGGUAAAGGGAUACAUUGAGCUGGAGCUAGAAGGCAAUUAUCUUAGCUUAGCAUAAGAGCCGACAUCUUUUAUUGGGAAACAACAAAACAAAACAGAAACGCACAUACCAAUACAAGGUCAAUAAUGACCAUGUUGUUCCCAUUUGUUUAAUCAGACAACUCUGCACAGCUGUUAUUACGUUUCUGAUUGUGUUGGCUCACGUUUGUUGUUGUACGGUGUGUUUGGCUAGCCGCUAACGGCUAACGUAACUACCAGUACACACACUGCUGUUCUGCUGCUAGGCGGGCAGGCCGCUUGCUGAGCUUUAUUCUGUUCUUGGCAAGAUUGGACGACGUGUCUUAUAUGACGACUUCGAGUCAAUUGUCUGCAUACAUCGCCGCUUGUUUCUGAGUUUGAACGAAGUGUGUUUUACUGCGUCUGAACAGUCCAUUGGUGUCUAGACGGGGGGAUUAAAAAAGCGUGGGAUGUAUUCAUUCAAUCGCACACUACAGCAGUAGUCACAGGUGGAGAUCUGAAUUGUAUAUGUGUGUGUGUGUAUGUGUAUGUAUAUAUGUAUGUGUGUAUGUGUAUGUAUAUAUGUAUGUGUGU